AUGUGGCCUUGCGGGGCUGAGUGCACGUUGUUGAUGAGUUUUCUGGAUUUGCAGUCAGUGUUGCAGCUUUGGUCGGCAGUUCGCCGAGCUCGAGCGGGCCAUGACCUUCUGUUGAAUUGCUCUUUGCAAGUGACGGGGGAGCAGAGAUGGCGACGCAUCAGGAUCUGGAAGAAGUGGCUUUCAGGCAUGGCUGACAUUGACAUAGCCACGGCGCGCGAGUUGAUCCAUCAGAUCGACGACUUAAUGGGUCCGUGCCGCUGUAUAUCCGGGGCCUUAGCGCGGGACGUGGAGCUGGCCGUCAGCCGGCUCGUGUCGGCUAGACUGCGGUGGGUUCUUCGGGUGCUACUGCUGCAGAACAAGGCAUUCGAUGCAGAAUUGUCUAUGGCAGGAAUAUUCGAGGUGACCUCCAUAGCUCGUGAAUCAAUUCUGGAGGCCGUGACUUUGGGGAGGCUUCUGCUUCUGCCAGCACUUCUGACAGACGAGGGGGCUGGUCCUGAAAUUCCUAACCUCAGCUUGUGGAAGUCUUUCCUUCACCAGUGUCAUGGCCUGUGGCUGGAUGCGUCACGCUGUCCUUGGAGUUCCAUUGAUUUCUAUGGACACGGCGAUGCAGUGCAGCUGAAUCUGGAGGUGAGCCGCAGCGAGCUAGCUGCACUGUGCGAUUUUCCGUCGCGUCCCUGGAGAGAUGCCUUCGAAGCCGGCUUUGGUAGCCUUGGGAAUGCUGGGAGGGCGACGAUCUCGUUGUGGAUCUCGACGGUAGACGUCACUGCCCACAUCUGUUUGCCAGAAAUGGACGGACACAGUGGACACAAUCUACGUCUCAAUUGUAUCGUGCUUGGCUCCGACCUGGAGAAGAUGAGUUUCUUUGGUGGUCAGAAAGGCCGCAUUGAGAUUAAUUCAACUUGUGCAUCUGCGGCUAAAGUGAUUAUGGUAAAGGACCUGGGGACUGAAAGCUUCGAACGUCUCGCUGCGGCGGCAUGCGAAUCGUUGGUGCAGGUGUCUUGCGUCGCCAUGGAAGGAUACCCAGGUAAUGGUAAUCCGCCCGCUGACCCGUCAGCCACGGCCUCAGUCGGCUCGCUAGCUGCAGUUGAGGCAGCCUGCAGUGCAAAAGGAAGUGUAUCCAGCAGAUAUGGAGUCUGUGCAAUCGAAGGCGCGGAUGCAAAUGUGCAGCUCUUACAGCUAGAUCUAGCAAUUCCUUUUGGCGGUUCAGACAUUGCUUCUUUUCUGUGGUUGACUGAUGCGCACGUCGACCCAUAUUAUACGAGCUCUGACCGCCAGUGCAUCAAGAAACAGAUUCCUCAACUUGGGCAUUAUCCCUUCGGUGUGAUAGGCUGUGAUCCGCCCCCAGCGUUGCUCCAUUCUAUUCUCGAAGGAGCAGCUGGCUGGCUUAGAAAUCACGCAGAUACAAAUUUCGUACUAUUCACUGGCGAUUUCGUAAGACAUGGCUUGUCGCGGAUGCAGGACCCCGGGGCGAAUGCAACCGACAUCGUGAGGAAUGUAUCGGCUCUGGCCAAGAGCUAUUUUCCAGACCUGCCUAUGGUCUUCGGAACUCUUGGCAACGACGACAGCUCCUGCGAUUAUUGCCAAGAUAUUACAACAUCGAGCACUGUUAACAAAUGGUUCUGGAAUAUCGGCAAAGCCAUUAGUGACGCCGGUUGCAUGACUAAUGCGACACUUCAAACGUACAAGUACGGUGGCUUCUUUGACACAACCGUGGGGGACCUGACAAUCUUGAGUAUUUCCACGGUUAUAUAUUCAAUAUAUCACAUCCCAGCCAGUCAGAUAGAAGAUGAUCCUUUCGGCCAGCUUGCUUGGCUCAGAGAGAAAUUGACACAGGCCGUCCAGCGAGGACGACGGGUCUGGAUCAUCGGACACAUUCCGCCAGGCAUUGAGACAUUUGGCUUCACGGAAUUGUGGUGGCCUGUCUACUUGACUAAGUACUUGGCAAUAGUGCAAGAUUCUGUGCUUGGGGUGGCCAUCGCUGCUCAAGUUUUUGGACAUGUUCACAAAGAUGAGCUUCGAAUUCUGCCAAACCCUCCGCCAGGGGCUGGGCCGAUCAUCCUGUCAUCCUCAAUCAGCCCCGUCUACUACAACAACCCAUCGUUUAAGAUAGUCCAGUAUAACCGCAGCUCCGGCCAGCUUGUAAACUACAAGCUUAUCUACUCCGAAAUGACUGCUGAAGGGGAGCCCUUGCAGUGGAAGUUCGGAUACGACUUGCUACAGACCUACCCUGAGUUGCAGAAAUUGGGUACGGGCAUGGAUGCCGUGACGAACCUGACGGAAUCAUUAGUGGCAGGGAAAGAUACCUGGAAGCACUAUGCAAAGUGGUAUGCAACAAACUAUCCUAGCGAUCUCCAGCACUAUGUUGCGAUGGCAGCAGAUUCACGAGACGAUGCAAUCUGGAAGUCACAGCGCCGCCAGCAAUACUUGUGUGCAAUGACCAUACAAACGGCCGCAGAAUUUCGGGACUGUCUGGGUGUUUCUCAAGACGUUCCUCCACCACCCGCUUCGAGGGAUGAGGUCGAGCGGCUGAUGCUCGGCAGGCUGCUCGGCUGGGCGUCUUUAUCUAAUCUCGCCCCUGCCAAGCUUGUGAUGGAGCUUGCUGCGAGGAACGACUGGGGGAAACUGCUUUCUCUUUUCGGAGAGUUGGUUGAGUCGAGCCUUCGCACUGGCCAGCCACUCGAGUCUGUCCUUGCUGCCAGGCCGGCUCGGCCUGCGACCUCCGAAUCGGGCAGCGACAGCGAUGGCGGAGAGGACUUCUUUCGUGAUGCCAUCGGCGUGGAGGAUCCAAUGCUGGAUGACGACGAUUCGGAUCAAGGCCUUUCGCUGCAAGAGGUUGUGCAGGGCUUCAUGAAUAUCAACCACAGUCACGCGAACAUGGGAACGUACCAGGAGGACACCCGAGACAUCAGGCACCUCCUCCCAUGGGUGGACAUGGUUUGUGCCCCGCAAGUCACCGCUCAGCAGAAAAAGCGGUACCUCGAGGAGCUGAGUUUCGCCCUUCGGCCACAAGAGCUGACUCCACAGGCGCGUGAGAUGUUCGUUCGUCAAGCUUUACAUCGCGGCGUGGUUCCCGAGGCUGUAAGGCUCAUCGAGAGUGCCUCACCCACGGUUGCAGCGGCUGCCACCAACUUCCUGGGCGACUUCGCUUUCAACUCCGACAUGGGAUCCAAGGAAGUUCUCAAGGUUUUCGACCGGAUUGCAGAUCGCUUUCAACAUCUUUUCUCGUCUUCCUCGGACAGGGCGCUUAUGCUGCACGACGAUUGGCUCUUACAGGCAGCCAUUCUCUUGUGCGUCAACAUUGCCGCGACCUGUCCAGCCGGACACAUGAAGCUAGUAAGGCUUGUGCAGCCUGUUUGCUUGAAGAUUCUGCAGAGCAAACAGGUAGGCGACAAGCUUCGUGGCAACACGAUUCUGCUGUUGGCCAACUUGUCCAUGACCGUGUUGGGCGAGCUGCGUGAACUUCACGUGGCAAACGUUCUUCUGCAGUUGGUGUCGGAUGGCAACGUCAGCAACCAUGGGAAGAGCGUGGCAGAGUCGGUGAUCAUAUUUCUGCACGGCGAGAAACAGUGCCAUCAGGUUGAUAUACUGAUGGAGAGGGAUGUUGUCAGCAGCUACUGCGUUCCGAUCAUGGAACACACCUUGAAGGGCACGGAGUUUCGUGGCAUGUUUCCACACCUCCUGUACAGCGCUAAGCUCUUCCAGGUUCUGUCCAGGUGUCGCCUCUAUGCAGAGAAGCUGGUGGAAGACACUCGUGCAAUUCCGCUGCUGCUCAAGGCUGUGAAUCCACGAGCGCCUCCUCCAAGAGUGGAAACUGAUUACGAAGGCCGCCGGUUGGUGUUGCAGGCCCUCUGGUCACUUGCAAAGUAUCGUUUGUGGCCGUCUCCAGAUGAUGUGGAUAGUCAGAAAUUUCUGGACAAGGGCCUGCCGAUGCUCUGCGAAGACCGGCACGUGGGGAUUCGAACAGCCGCGGCAGGGAUCUUCGCUCAAAUUUUCUAUCCUAGUGUGAUCAGAUUACUCGCUGUCGGAAGGAGGCUGGAGAUUUCUGGCCUACUUCCGCCCGGGUUUUGGAAGCUCCGCAUUGCGUCGCAGCUAUUUCCGUUCCUGGCGGAAUGUCGAUGA